AUGAAGGCCAUCUAUUGGUUGAUCAUUGUUCUCGUGCAAUCAUGCUUAGUGCCAGAAUUAAGGGCCGACGAAGGUUUUAUGACAAAAAAAAUUGUUAAUAGUGAGCUCGAAGAUCUCUCAAAAUCGCGAGAAGAUCUGGAGCAAGAGAAGAUACUUUUGAGGCAGGUCUCAAAUUCAUCAGCAUCGGAAAAUAACACAGUCAUCACAAACAGACCUUGUCAGUGUAGCGGUGGUGUCUGUUCAUGCUGUUCAAGAAUUCUAUACGAUACGUGGAAACAAAAAGCUUGCGUGAAUAUCACGUAUGAUCCUGACGAGUUCAGCUUUACCGCGAAUAUCAUGAUGAACGACAGAGUUCUUUACACGAGAACUGUUUCUGGAAAAAAUCCUAGACCAAUAUGUGUUCCUGUCCCAAGGCUACCGAUCAGAGCGUGCGUCCGAUUUUAUAAUAUAUAUUUUCAAGGCAGAAAUAUUCAUCUAUGUCUCAACAUGGAAGGAAAGUUUCAGGAUACUACAUUGUUUAAGAUUAGUUUAGAUUGUCUUAGAUUCGGUUCAAACGGAUUAGCUCUAUUAAAACCAGAAGACGGAGGUGGUUUGGGCCAAGUGGAACUUUUUCCGGAAGAUGUGGAUAAUAAUAAUGACUACGACGAUGAUGAGGAUGAUAAUGAUGAUGAUGAUGAUGAUGAUGAUGAUGAUGAUGAUGAUGAUGAUGAUGAUGACAAUGACGAUGAUAUAUACUAA